CUUGCACAAUCAAGGCAGUCCGUCGGUGGCGGGGCAGUCCAUGGUGGCCGGCGGCAGAAUGUUGGCAAUCCUCCAGAAAAAAAUCUGGAAUUUUUCCGACGGUGGCCGGCCGGCGGCAGGCGUCGGUCCGGCAGUCCCUGGGCAGCAGUGGUACCUAUACUUCCAUGAGAGAAUUUUACAAUCCUUGAUAGGGGAUCCUACAUUCACCUUGCCAUACUGGAACUGGGACAACCCACAAGGCAUGUUCCUCCCAGAUAUCUUCGACGAUCAGACCUCACCAUUGUACGACGAGGUUCGUGACCAAAAGCACCACAAGGAUGUCAUCGUUGACCUAGCUUUCUCUGCCGGAGAAGAACUUGACACCACUGAACUCCAAAUCUUGCGGAACAACCUCGCGAUCAUGUACCGGCAAAUGGUGACCAACGCGCCGUGCCCGGCGCUCUUCUUCGGAAAUGCUCUCCGAGGGGAGGGUUACGACACCGAGUCCGGCGGCGGGACCAUAGAGAAUGUUCCCCACAACACUUUGCACCGGUGGGUCGGUGACCCCACGACGGCUCACAACGAGGAUAUGGGUAACUUCUAUUCUGCAGCCAAAGACCCGGUUUUCUAUUCUCUUCAUGGGAAUGUGGACCGGAUGUGGUCCGUUUGGAAGAGUUUGGGAGGCAAGCGGGAGGAUAUAACGGACCCGGAUUGGUUGCAGUCUGAAUUCCUAUUCUAUGAUGAAAAUAAAAACCUUGUCAGGGUCAAGGUUCAAGAUUGCCUCGACCACAAGAAACUUGGCUACACUUUCCAGGAUAUGCCCACCCCAUGGAUGAGAUACAGGCCAACAUCGAAAAAGAACACACAGUCGAGCAGCACCAAAACAUCUAUUCCCUUGGGCACUAAUAUCUUGCCAAAAACCUUACAACAAACCGUAACAUUUUAUGUCAUGAGGCCCAAGACAUCAAGAUCAGAGCAAGAGAAAGCAGAUAUGGAGGAGUUAUUGAAUAUGAGCUUAACAUAUGAUGAAACCAAGUACAUUAGGUUCGACGUGUUUCUGAACGAAGACAAUCUCUUAAAGGCGUCCGUGUUGGAUCGGGCUGAAUACCUGGGAAGUUUUGCCAACUUGGCUCACAUUCAUGAGAGUUCGAAUGAAAAUCAAUCAAAGACGACGACUUUCAGCCUGGCAAUAACUGAACUACUUGAAGACUUGGGGCUUGAAAGUGAUAAAAAUGUUGCCGUUACGUUGGUACCAAAGUAUAAUGGCGAGUUCAUGACUAUCAACAGCGUCGACGUCUCAUUGUUAUCUUGUUAAGGGCAAGCUUUCGAUGCUUGUUGGAUCAUAUAAAGUUUGUUUCUUCAACUCUAUUUUGUGCAAGAAAGAACUAAACGGUCUCUUUAAUUUGAUAAUUUAUUUCGAAGAAUUCAUAAAGUACCCUACGAUUGGGUGUGCUUAGACUUAGGGGUAUGUGGUUUGUUUUGAGACAAACUUGAGUCUGUGGAAUUACGCCCAUGUCGUGCAUAUUUGGCAAUUUUUGUUGAUAUGGAUUUUCUGGAUCCUCAUGUGGCAUGUAAAGGAUAAACAUCACCAUUAAUAAUUAAUCAGUGUAGCUUUAUCACUACCGUCGACAACAG